GGCACCAGCUAUAGCACGACUGAGGAUGACGCCAAUGAACGACCGCGAUAGCCCAAAGCAGGCCAUGGACAGUGCCAACCCGAAGAAGACGUCCCCAUUGAAGGAUGAAGCACGCCUCGGUCAAGAAGAACAAGGAUUCCUAGAUAGGUUAUCAAAAAGAUGA